UCGGGGGUGUUCAAGAGAAAGAUAUUAUCCAGGACAUCAAGGAUGCGAAAAGCAUUGGUCUUGACGGCUUUGCGCUAAACUAUGAUCAAUUUGAGUGGUGGUCUAAUGACACUGUCAACUUCAUGUUCAACCAUGCAGACGAAUUGGGUGGCUUCAGUCUCUUCUUUUCAUUCGAUCACGGCAAAGGAAUCUUGAAAGACCCUCUUGACUACGCCACCUAUUUCACCACAUACAGCGGCCGUCCCUCGUAUCUCAAGAUGAAGGAUCGAAACGGAGAUGCUCGAAAGCCUGUUCUGUCCACUUUCGGGGGCGAGAACAUCAAAAACGAUAGAUGGAACCAGUUCAAGAAGACGGUAGGCGAUGUACUGAUCAUACCCGGUUUCUCUGAAGUCUACAACCCUACCACCAACUUCUUCCAGGGCCGCAGUGCUCUCGACGGUGUGUUCAACUGGAACUCCUGGCCCACCGUCCAAGAAGACAGGGUUGCCGUGUCAGCAGCAGUAGACCGCACUUUCCAGACUGCCGCAAGGAACGCAAACAAGUACUUCAUGAUGGGCAUUUCUCCCCUCCAAUUCAAACACACCAGCUACGGUAACUGGUACCGCCGCGGCGAAGACAACCUCGAGAACCGCAUCGGUCAGAUUCUCAAUGUCCAGCCCGACAUGGUGCAGCUGCAGACUUGGAACGAUGGCGGAGAGAGCCACUACAUGGGCCGCCUUCACCCGGAACCGCUAGACAACCGAACAAAGGCUCUGACUGACGGCUACGAUCACACUGGCUACUGGCAGAUUCUUGCGUCCUUCAUCAAUGCGUGGAAGAGGCGCGACACUUCGACUGCCAAUAUGUACCCUACCAACGGUAAACCCGUCCAAGGCACCUUCUGGCACCACACUCUGACCAUUGGCGGUUCUUGCUAUGCCGACGAAAUUGCCAAGCCAGGCAGCAUCAUGACUGGCGGUGAAGACGCCGUGUCCGGUGUUAUCCUCGUGGCACAAAACAAGCAGGGUCUCAAAGCUGAGGUCAAGGUCGGCAAUGUUCGAUUGGGCAACGUCAUUUCUCUCUCUCCCGGCUUCAACAAGUUUAAGCUUACUGGGCUGGAGAAGCUAGUUCCUGGGAAGGUGCAGGUUGAAGUGUGGGAUGGAAGCACGAUGGUUGGGGGUGGCUAUGGUAGCAUUGAAGUUACACGGGAGAAGGCGCUUUGUAACUACAAUUUCCAGGUUGUUGGUCUGCCUUCUUGA